AUGAAAGAUGCAAAACUCGCACCAAUGUUCGCUCGCUUCGACUACAUAAUCAUCGGAGGAGGAACCUCCGGUUGCGCGUUAGCCGCAACGUUAUCUCAAAACGCUACCGUUUUGGUUCUUGAACGUGGCGGCUCGCCACACGAUAACCCCCUGGCGACGGAUAUAGGAAACUUUGCAACAACACUCUCAAACACAUCACCCAAAUCAUGGUCGCAGCUAUUCGUCUCCGAAGACGGCGUUUACAACACACGUGCGCGCGUCCUAGGUGGAGGCUCGGUGCUGAACGCUGGAUUUUACACACGUGCGGGAGAUGAAUACGUGAAGGAGGCUGAGUGGAAGAGUGAUGAGGUUGAAGCUGCUUAUGAGUGGGUCGAGGAGAAAGUAGCGUUUCAACCGCCAGUGAUGGGAUGGCAAACGGCGUUGAAAGAUGGGCUUUUGGAGGCUGGAGAGUUUCCUUACAACGGUUUCACGUAUGAUCAUAUCAAUGGGACAAAGAUCGGUGGUACGAUAUUUGAUCAAGCUGGUCAUAGACAUACUGCAGCUAAUUUGUUGGAGUAUGCUAAUCCGAACACGCUUGCUGUUUAUUUGCAUGCUACUGUUCACAAGAUCGUCUUCACCACCAAAGGAAGGCCAAGACCAAAAGCAUACGGAGUGAUAUUUCAAGACGCAAAUGGAGUGUUACACAAGGCAGAGCUGGCAAAAAACGCAAUGAACGAGGUGAUUUUGUCAGCGGGUGCCAUCGGCAGCCCACAGCUGCUGAUGCUGAGCGGCGUGGGUCCUAUGGCUCAUCUUGCAGCUCACGGGAUUAAACCGGUGGUCUUAAAUCAUCCAAUGGUCGGGCAAGGGAUGGGAGAUAAUCCUAUGAAUGCCAUCUUUAUUCCUUCUCCUACUCCCGUGGAGGUUUCUCUAAUACAAGUCGUUGGGAUCACAAAGUACAAUAGUUACAUCGAAGGAGCAAGUGGCGUAAUCUUUUCAUAUAGUUGGACUCGUAAUUAUUUCGAAGGUGUUUUGGACUAUCUCAACCAGAUGCAGGCAAGCCGUACUAAUACAUCUACAACAUUCUCGACUCAAUCCAUCACAGAUUUUUUCAAAUCUAUACAUCCGUUAUUGAGUACAACAAAAGCCGGUUUGAUCCUCCAGAAAGUGGCUGGACCGGUCUCGAGAGGUCACUUGGAGCUUAGGAAUACAAACCCAAAUGAUAAUCCUUCAGUGAGAUUUAACUACUAUCAAGAGCCAGAGGAUCUAAAAAAAUGUGUCGUAGGGAUAACCACUAUUAUUAAAGUGAUUAACUCAAAGGCAUUUUCAAAAUUCAAGUACCCCGAAGCGACCAUACAUGGCUUGCUCGAUCUAAUACUAAGCAUUCCCACUAAUCUGAGGCCGAGGCACGUAACCUCGGCGUUUAAUUUACAGCAAUUUUGCAUAGACACUGUGAUGACUAUUUGGCAUUAUCAUGGGGGUUGCCAAGUUGGAAAAGUGGUAGACAAGAAUUACAAAGUUUUAGGCAUUGAUGCUUUAAGGGUUAUAGAUGGAUCAACAUUUCUCAAGUCUCCGGGGACUAAUCCUCAAGCUACGGUUAUGAUGCUUGGAAGGUAUAUGGGACAAAAGAUUAUUCGAGAGAGGGGGGCUUUCCACAAAAAGGAUGAAGAAGCAUGA